GCCAAAACGCAGCGCUAUGACUGUUUACAAGCAGCGAUAUAAACGGAAGACUUGUACCAAUCGCAUAUGGUUUUAAAGGUGGUUAUUUCAAGUAUAUCACAUUAUGUUUAAGACUGAGCACAUGUGAAGUACUAAUUGUCCACAACGCGUAAGGAUACAGACGCAGCCGGAUCUGCUUGUGAGCAGUGGCUGUGUGUAGCUGAAUGGUGGAGCUCUCUUCCUGGUGGAUAAACAGUGACAGCUCAGGGCAGCCACCUAAACCUAGUACUGAGUCUGGCGCUGCCCUGCCAGCCAUCCUAAACAACAUCAAAAUGGCUACAGAGAGUAAACACGUCGUGCAGUUGAAAUCUGAACUGUACUUCCUAAUAGCCCGGUUUCUAGAAGCAGGACCGUGUCAAAACGCAGCAGAGACCCUGAUAAGAGAGGUGGAAGAGAAGGAGCUUCUGCCCAAAAGACUGGACUGGACGGGGAAGGAACACCCAGGGACAUACGAAAAUUUGGUGCAGCUGUAUGGCCACGUGCGUCCAGACCACCUCCUGCAGGUGUGUUCCAGGGUGUGUCCCCUGCUGGAGCAGGAAGUGCCGGCCAGCGUGCCCGGGGUCCACAGCCUGCUGGGGGCCGGGCGGCAGGAUCUGCUGAGGACCAGCAAGAGCUGUAAGCAUGUGGUGUGGAAGGGUUCUGCCCUGGCAGCCCUGCACUGUGGCCGACCCCCAGAGCCCCCCAUCAUCUACGGGAGUCCCCCCAACAUCGUGGAGACGAGUCACGGGCGUCGGCUGAACGGCUCGUACCGUCUGGGCCAGCUGCUGCCCACAGCGCUCUACCAGCACAUGAAGAUGCACAAGAGGAUUCUGGGACACCUGUCCUCCGUGUACUGUGUGACCUUCGACAGGACAGGACGACGAAUCUUCACCGGCUCUGACGACUGCCUGGUGAAGAUCUGGGGGACGGAUAGCGGGCGCCUGCUGGCCACGCUGCGGGGUCACGCGGCUGAGAUCUCCGACAUGGCUGUGAGCUACGAGAACACCAUGCUGGCCGCGGGCAGCUGUGACAAGACCAUCAGGGUGUGGUGUCUGCAGACCUGCGCCCCCCUCGCUGUGCUGGAGGGCCAUGCUGCCUCCAUCACUUCGCUACAGUUCUCUCCUCUGUGUAGCGGGUCCAAGCGCUACCUGUCCUCCACGGGAGGAGACGCCACCAUCUGCUUCUGGCAGUGGGACGCAUGCACACUGAAGUUCAGUCAGAGGCCCAGUAAGUUCACGGAGCGCUCCAGACCAGGGGUCCAGAUGAUCUGCUCUUCCUUCAGCGCAGGUGGAAUGUUCCUGGCCACAGGAAGCACCGAUCACAUGAUCCGAGUGUACUACUUUGGCUCGGGCCAACCAGAGAAGAUCUCUGAGCUGGAGUCCCACACGGAUAAAGUUGACAGUAUCCAGUUCUCCAACUGCAGUGACAGGUUUGUGAGUGGCAGCAGGGAUGGUACUGCACGGAUCUGGCAGCUACAACAACAGGGCUGGAGGAGCAUUCUACUGGACAUGCAGACCAAACUGCCUGGGAAGUACAACCCCCCUCCGCUGGAAGACAAGGUGACCAAGCUGAAGGUUACCAUGGUAGCAUGGGAUCGCCACGACAGCACGGUAAUCACUGCUGCCAACAACCUGACACUGAAGGUCUGGAACUCCACCACAGGAAACCUCAUCCAUGUCCUCAUGGGCCACGAGGAUGAAGUGUUUGUCCUGGAGCCCCACCCCUUCGAUCCCAGAAUCCUCUUUUCUGCGGGGCAUGAUGGGAAUUGUAUUGUGUGGGACCUGGCCAGGGGAGUGAAGAUCCGCUCUUACUUCAACAUGAUCGAGGGCCAGGGCCACGGGGCGGUGUUCGACUGCAAGUGCAGCCCAGACGGACAACACUUUGCUGCCACCGACUCUCACGGACACCUGCUCAUCUUCGGCUUUGGCUCCAGCAGCAAAUACGACAAGAUCGCAGAUCAGAUGUUCUUCCACACAGACUACCGCCCCCUGAUCCGUGACGCCAACAACUAUGUCCUGGACGAGCAGACCCAGCAGGCGCCCCACCUCAUGCCCCCGCCCUUCCUGGUGGACGUGGACGGGAACCCCCACCCCACCCGCUACCAGCGGCUGGUCCCUGGGAGGGAGAGCUGCAGGGAGGAGCAGCUCAUCCCCCAGAUGGGGGUCACCUCGUCGGGUCUGAACCAGGUGGUGAGUGAGCAGGCGGAGGAGGGGGGCAGUGCCCUGGACAGUAUGAUCCAGAGACUGCAACAGGAACAGGACCAGAGACGCUCCACUGACCCCUCACACAGCAGGGCCAGCAGAGGCUCUGUGGGCUCCCCCUCGGAGGUGCACUCGCCCCCCAACGUGGGCCUGCGGCGGAGCGGGCAGAUUGAGGGCGUGCGGCAGAUGCACAGCAACGCCCCCCGCAGCCAGAUGGCCACGGAGAGAGACCUGGUAGCCUGGAGCCGCAGGGUCCUAGUGCCUGAGCUGGAGGACGCCACUGUCAGGAGACAGGUGGAGUGGAGAGAGGCGAAGGGAGAGGAGGAAAUCAACAUCUACAAGUCAGAGAGAAGAAGACGCACCAUCCACUCCCACCGAGAAACCAAGGUUCACAACCCGGAGUGUGUGGGCGAGGAGGGGAGGCGGAGCCAAAGUAACCAUGGCUACCACACGCGGGCCGCUGUGGAGGAGACGAGCCGUGAGAGCGCCGAUGUCGCUGACGAUGACGACAGCACUUCUGAGGGGGAGGUGGAGGUCCUACCUGUAAAUGGAAACUCCUCUGAGGAAGAGAAGGAGAAGGAGGAAGAGGAGAAAGAGCCUUGGCCGGACGACCACAGCAGCUCCAGUGACUACUCCAGCGACUACUCGGACUGGACGGCGGACGCAGGGAUCAACCUGGAACCACCGAAGAAGAGCGUGAGGGUGAAAAAGAAGAGCAGCGGCUCGGAGGAGGACGGAGAGAAGAAGAGAGACAGGAAGAGAGACAGGAAGAAGGACAAGCCAGACAAAGACGAAGCGCUACCAAAGAAGAAGAAGCCAAAGGAGAAGAGGAAGAGGGCGGAGUUUCGAGAGGAGGAGCUCAUUCUGGAGGAGUGGCUUCCGUCUCCCUGGAUCACAGACACUGUGCCCCGGAGGUGUCCCUACAUACCACAGAUGGGCGACGAGGUGUAUUACUUCAGACAGGGCCAUGAGGCCUACGUGGAGAUGGCCAAGCAGAAGAAGAUCUUUAGCAUUAACCCCAAGAAGCAGCCCUGGCACAAGAUAGAGCUGAGGGAGCAGGAACUGAUGAAGAUUGUGGGUAUCAAGUAUGAGGUGGGUCUUCCUACACUCUGCUGUCUGAAGCUGUCCUUCCUGGACCCUGACACGGGCAGACUCACAGGAGGCUCCUUCUCCAUGAAGUACCACGACAUGCCUGAUGUGAUUGACUUCCUGGUUCUGCGGCAGCAGUUUGAUGAUGGCAGAGACAGGGAGUGGACGAUAGGGGACCGGUUCCGCUCCGUCAUAGAUGAUGCGUGGUGGUUUGGGACGAUCGAGAGCCAGGAGCCGCUGCACCCUGAGUACCCUGACAGCCUGUUCCAGUGCUUCAAUGUCUGCUGGGAUAACGGCGACACAGAGAAGCUGAGUCCCUGGGACAUGGAGCCAAUCCCCAACGAGGCAGUGUUUCCAGACGAGUUAGGCCAGAGCGUCCCUCUGACGGAGGAGGAGCAGAAGGAGCUGCUCUACGUCCCUCUGGAGGGAGAGUGGGGCUCACGCACACGCUCCCAGGAGUGCGAGCGCAUCAUCGAAGCCAUCGACCAGCUGAUCACCCUCGAGGUGGCCGCUCCGUUCUCCUUCCCAGUGGACCUGCAGGCGUACCCCACCUACUGCACGGCCGUGGCCUACGUGACAGACCUCAGCACCAUACGCCUCAGGCUGGAGAACCACUUCUACAGACGCAUGUCCUCUCUGAUGUGGGAGGUGCGUUACAUUGAACACAACGCCCAGACCUUCAACGAGCCGGGAGCCUUUAUUGUCACGACGGCCAAGUUUGUCUCCGACGUCAUGCUGCACUUCAUCAAGGACCAAAGCUUGACUGACAUCAUUCCCCUGUACAACAGCAUGAAGAAGACAGCUUUCUCCGACUCUGAGGACGAGGAUGAUGAAGAUGAUGACGAUGAAGACACCGACGCUCCUGGAACCUCCACCAGGAAACAGAAAACGCGGCGUCCGAUGAAGCGGCAGCUGUGCACCAGGCCGCCGUCGUACGACCCCCAGGCCUGGAGAGGGCGCUGCAAGGAGCUGCUGGACCUCAUCUUCCAGUGUGAGGACUCGGAGCCCUUCAGAGAGCCUGUCGACCUGCAGGAGUACCCGGACUACCUCCAUAUAGUGGACACUCCCAUGGACUUUGGCACGGUGCGGAGCAUUCUGGCGGCGGGGAAAUACAAAUCUCCCACAGAGCUUUGCAACGACGUGCGUCUCAUCUUUAGCAACUCCAAAGCCUACACGCCCAGCAAGAAGUCCCGGAUCUACAGUAUGAGUCUGCGUCUCUCGGCGCUGUUCGAGGAGCACGUCAGCUCCAUCCUGGACGACUACAAGGCCAUCCACGGCCUGACUGACCGUCUCACCAGGCAGACGGACAGACAGACGAGACACGCCCCAGACAGACAGACGAGACACGCCCCAGACAGACAGACGCGGCACGCCAUGAAGAGGCGGAGGAGGAGGAGUGACUCUCCCGCCAGCAGCACUGCAUCCAGCCCAGAGAGAAAGAAGCGCGUGUCGUCGCGGGGGGCUACGAGGGCCGAGUUGUCCGCCCCGCCCCCCCCGGUGGCCCCCCCGCGGCCCCCCUCCCUCAGGCAGAACCUGCCCCUCAGACAGCCCCCCCAGCUGCUCAACGGCAAGGCCGACACACACACCCCUGGACGCACCCGCAGCACGGCCCGCCACGGCACACACACCCCGGGGUCCUCACACACAUCUGGGAGCAACACACACAGCCCUCCAGACCCCCCACCUCCGCCUCGUUCGCUGCGAGGCCACAGCUCGGGGCCCCCCCCGUCUCCGGCCCCCGCCGAGCGCUCCAGACACGCCCCCGCCGAGCGCUCCAGACACGCCCCCGUUACCGACGGCAGUGGAGGGAGCAGUAUGCGGAGGAAACUCCGGACUCCCGUACGACACACUCCUGCCUCUCCCUCUAGCCCCUCCCCCCAGCCUACGCCUCACCUGAAUGGCCACGGGAGUCAUGUGACCUUGGGCGUGGGCAGGAGAGGACGGAAACCCCGAGCGGAGCCGCCAGCGAGCCCUCCAGAGGUCGCGACCCCUGUGAGCCCUGCCCGUAAUCCCCGGGGUCGACCGCCCAAGAAACGAGGCAGAAAGAGCAAGCAGGAACUGGAGGCCAUGAGGAGAAACUCCGCCCCCGACGAUGACCUGGACCAAUCCACAGGGGACGAGGGCGGGACUUCCUCCUCAGCACAGGAAACGGCUGUGCUUUCAGACUCUGGUCUUUCAACCCCCAAGCCACGACGCGGUAGGCCGAGAGUGGUCAGGACUGAGGAAGCCCCGGGCUCGUCUGACCUAUCCCCUUCUCCGCUGAGAAGGAGCUGCCGGCGACUCAACGACGAGACCACUCCCCCUUUGCAGGCUGCGCACCAAUCACAUCAGAGGGAUUCCCCAGAGGACGAGGACGAGGUGGCGGGGUCGAUGCGAACCCGUAACCAGGGGCGACGGACGGCCUGGUACGUGGAGGAGGACUCGGAGGAGGAGCAGAGACAGCUGUUGUUUGAGGACUCGUCAAUCAACUUUGGAACCUCCUCUAAGGGGAGGGUCCGGAAGCUCACUGAGAAAGCCAAGGCCAAUCUCAUUGGCUGGUAACCACAACAACCAAACAGUCAGACACACAGGACAGACAGGGGAGGUGUCUAGGGGCUGACUAGAACCCCACAGGGAGCAAAGUGAUUGGAUCCGCUGUGUGUGUGUAGAGGGGGGGGCCGCUGCCAUCCUCCCCUCUGCUCCUCUCCAUCCUCCCCUCUGCUCCUCUCCAUCUCUCCAUCCUCCCCUCUGCUCCUCUCCAUCCUCCCAUCUCCUCCUCAUCCCAUCUCUCCAUCCUCCCCUCUGCUCCUCUCCAUCCUCCCCUCUGCUCCUCUCCAUCCUCCCCUCUGCUCCUCUCCAUCCUCCCCUCUGCUCCUCUCCAUCCUCCCCUCUGCUCCUCUCCAUCCUCCCCUCUGCUCCUCUCCAUCCUCCCCUCUGCUCCUCUCCAUCCUCCCCUCUGUUCCUCUCCAUCCUCCCCUCUGCUCCUCUCCAUCCUCCCCUCUGCUCCUCUCCAUCCUCCCCUCUGCUCCUCUCCAUCCUCCCCUCUGUUCCUCUCCAUCCUCCCCUCUGCUCCUCUCCAUCCUCCCCUCUGCUCCUCUCCAUCCUCCCCUCUGCUCCUCUCCAUCCUCCCCUCUGUUCCUCUCCAUCCUCCCCUCUGCUCCUCUCCAUCUUCUCCUGGCCCCAGGCCGCCUGCGUACACCCACCUGACAGCCUGCGUCUGUCUGCCUGACAGCCUGCGUCUGUCUGUCUGUUCCUCCAGCUGUCCAGGAUCCAGACCCCACACAUGUUCUUCUGGGCUGCAGGACUAUACUGGCAGGCCCCUCAUCCUGACAUUUUUGGGGGAGCCGUGUGUGUGUGUGUGUGUGUGUGUGUGUGUGUGUGUGUGUGUGUGUGUGUGUGUGUGUGUGUGUGUGUGUGUGUGUGUGUGUGUGUGUGUGUGUGUGUGUGUGUGUGUGUGUGUGUGUGUGUGUGUGUGUGUGUGUGUGUGUGUGUGUGUGUGUGUGUGUGUGUGUGUGUGUGUGUGCAUGGGCUGAAAUACCAAAUGGAAAGACUGAAUGUGCACCUUGGUGUUAGUGGGUAUCAUUGUUUUCCAUUCUCCGUUUCCGCAUGCCCACGACAAACUCUGCUCUCCUGCGCUCUGAAGACCAGAGCUCUGCACUCUGAAGACCAGAGCUCUGCUCUCCUGCGCUCUGAAGACCAGAGGUCUGCUCUCCUGUGCUCUGAAGACCAGAGCUCUGCUCUCCUGCGCUCUGAAGACCAGAGCUCUGCUCUCCUGCGCUCUGAAGACCAGAGGUCUGCUCUCAUGCGCUCUGAAGAACGCAUUGUUGUUUCUGCUGCGAGGAAGGAGAGGCAGCAGCAAGGUUGGAUGGAUCAUAUUUUAUAUGUCUCAAUGAAUUCUGAUCAUUAGCAAUACCUUGUGCCUUUCUGUGGUGUGUGUGUGUUUGUGUGUGUGUGGGGGGGAACACUCACCCCAUUUUUCCCUUCAGAAAUGUUCAGGAAGGGUUUGUCAUUCUGGUGACAUGAUCAUGCAUGGUUUCAUUGAGGUAUAUACCAAUAACUACCCAGAAAGUGUGUGUGUGUGUUACGUGUGUUUGGCUGUUUAAAUACGACUGAGAAUAGGGUCCACAUGAGCGUACAAACAGUGGCAUACAGUAUGAUUAUGGUUUAACCUCUCAAAGAAAUUUAGUGAUAACAUUGUUAAUUGAAAAAAGAAAAAAAAAUGUUUUUUGAUGUUACAAUACCAAUAUCCAUGUCAAUAUUAUCCUAUUAUAGCCAAGGUGUAAUUGUGAGUUAAACCUUAGGUACAGAGGAUUGAGCUUGGUGUCUAGCUUUGAGAUGCUCUCUCACCAGUGUUGUAUGCAGUUGUAGGGAGCAUCCAUGUUUAUUUUUCAAAUGAGUUUAAACUCUAAAAAAAAGAAGAAAAAAAAAAGAAAAUAAUUUCAAAUGUUUCUGCUAUGUUUUGAUGGUGACCACACACAUUUCUGCCAUGCAUGCUCUAGCACUUUCUCACGCCUAACCCGACCCAACCGGAUCGACCCAGAUCAAACUGGAUUGAACAGGCUGGAGCGGGCCUCUAACGACCUGGAGGCAGAUCCCAGACUCUAUGUUCUGAUUGUGCCUUGGCUCCUCCGGUUCUUUUGGAUCCUCUUGAUUCUCCAUGUCCCACUUUGGAUCUUCUUGUUCAGCCGGGGCCUGGGGACUCCCCAGAGUGUGCUGGUUCUGGUCACUGGAUGCAUGGCGCUGGACUGGACUGGCAUCCAGACUGCUUUGAGGGCUGAAACAAGACUAGCUGUGUCCAGUGUGGACAGGCACUACAACACACACACACAAGUUUAUUGUUUUCUCUGUCUCUGACACAUGGUGACGAACUGCGAUACUGUUUGUUUUUAUCUUUGUAAAUUUUAUAUUAUGAUUCUUUUAUGCCAAAAUCUGUCUGUGGCUACCAGAGGGCAGACCGUGGCUGUUAAAUGUUGGUUUGUUCAGAGUCAGUACCGGAUCAUACCUAAAACACACACACACGCUCUCUGGGGAGGGAGGGGGGGGGGGGGGGCCCUCAGCUGAUAAAACAUCUCUCACUUCAGCCGACUCAACACACGCCCACGUUCCUGUAGUCCUAGCAGGCGCAGCCACACUGAGCUGUGAGUGUCACAAUGUGCUGAAAAAGUAUUUUAUACUCUCCUCUGUGCUAAUAUAUAUAUAUAUAUGAUAUACAUACCUGAUAUCUGAUGACUUAUACGUUUCUAUGGGCCUGUUGUACGUGCUGUGCCGGUCUCUGAUCAGAGGGGGUGGGGGGGAGGGAGGGAGGGUCUACUGGUGUGUGUGAAGUGGCUGCAUGCUAGCCAUCGGGGAAGGGAUGGGGAGGAGGGAUUUUGGGGGUGGAAGGGUGGGUUGUCUUUGUUAGUUUGGAUACUUUUAUAUAAAAAAAAGAGUUCGUGCAAGAAAGCAUAAAGCUAGAAUGUAUGUGUAGGGGAGUACUGAUGUCCUGUUAGUUCAUACUGAUAUUUUAAGGAAAUAAACAGUUGUGUUUCUA